AUGUUAACGACAAGAUUCAUUGUGGCUGUUUUACUCCUUAUCUGUUGUCUUGCAAUCACUCAAUGUCAAAAUGAUGCGACUAGAGUUUUACUCGAGAAAAUGCCCAAGAGGGGACAAGAACGCAUACGUAAAUAUGUAUCGGCAGGCCUAGCUAUGCAGCAGCGAAAACAAAAUGACUCGGAGACAGAUUGGUCUAGUUCGUCAGAAAUAAAUGACACCAGCAGUAGUGCAUCGAUUCAACCAAGCACGGCCAGCGAAUCGAAAGAGUCAAAAAAACAUCGACGCCAUCGGGGUCUGGAAAAAAAUCUUCGAGACGUUCUUCGAUACUCACUGAGAGAAGGAUUCGAAGGUAUCAGCUAUACACGCCCAAUUCCAAGUGAUACAUGCGGGCGACAACAGAUUUCGCCGAAGUUCUCAGAACGUAUUCUUGGUGGAUUUGAAGCAGUGGCUCACUCGUGGCCAUGGCAAGUUUUAUAUGAACAAAGUGGAACUUGUGGAGGUACUUUGAUAGAUGAAAAUUAUGUUCUAACAGCUGCUCAUUGUAUCAGUACGAAAGAUCCGUCCUUGAUCNACAAAUUUCAGAUAGACAUACCCAUGGCCACGAGUGAGCCACUGCUUCAAAUCCACCAAGAAUACGUUCUGAGAACUUCGGCGAAAUGUGUUGUCGCCCGCAUGUAUCACUUGGAAUUGGGGGUGUAUAGCUGA